AUGUUGCUGGAUAAGAGCCAAUCCCUGCUUAUCUUGCCUUCUGCGCUGCUUCACUGCGAACAAGACCAGAGGCGCACAGUCUGUCUUGAUGAAGAAGGCGAGGGCGUCCCAUCCGUACAAGUGGAGGAGUCCAGCCCAUAUGAGCAAGAAUCUCGCUUCCGUUCUGCCGGAAUCUUGAGCUCUGACAUCCCUCCUCCCUCCUACAACGACGCGGUCUCAUCCGUUUCCCGCCAACCGCCCUUCCCACGCCCAGACUCCAUCCAAACCCACCACAUCGCCGUCGGACCCGGCGCCACAUCCCUCUCUCUCACAUUACCAGACCCGGCCGAGGAAUGGCAGACUCGUCGUGACAUCUCCGUCCAGGAUUGGGCCGCCUUUGCUUCCAACAUCACCGCAGCGCUCGAUGCAACCAUUGAUGUCGACGACAAGAAGCAGUUGGCAAACGAAGACGAGUUCAUGGAGAAGCGCCUGACAGAGAUUGUCGAGGGAUGGAACAACGGCUUUCUUGAGCAGCGCGGUCUUAAGGUUGUGCUCAAUGGGCAGGAUGAUGCUGCCACCGCUGCCGCGGGCUUUUCUACCGAUGUAUCGAGGUUCAGCUUUGGCCCCAAGAAGUUCCGGGUUCAGUUUGGUGGGGGGAUCUUUGGUGUGGACUUGUCAUCUAAGAAAUCUGCUUCUGAGAAGUAAUCUACAAUUAUGUUCGAUAGCUCCACAUCGUUGUUCGAUAGCGAGAAAGAAGACAUGCAGGAGACUUGAAGCCGUGGUAAGUACGAAAGUAGUAACCGAGACAAAUCGGUUAUCACAGGAUUAAAUGCGGGCUUUAGCUAAUAAUUUCUGAUGAAGCCGAACUACUUUUCCAAAGCUCGACGAACAAGCGAGGAAACUGGCAGACAAACAGACAUAUUGGACCAAAGAUUUGCAUUGUGAAUUUCAGCAUAUUUUGGGCUUGGUACAUGUCAGGGCCCUUGACAUCGAUGCUCCAAGCCGG